AUGUCAAUUCAUCACAUGAAAGAUUCUAUUUUACUUUUUUGUCAUCCUCCCUACCUAACUGAAAACAUUGGUCAAAGACUCCUAUUUAAUCCCAGCCUGGUUUCACAGCCCUCCUGCCCUAUUUCCUCUUCCCAGACAGUGGCUCAGAUGGACCAGAGAAAGGCAUGUUACCUCUUCCUCCCUGAUCAAUCAGCUCCAAAUUACCACCUCUGGUCUAUUCUGUGGGAGAGAAGAGGGAGGCUAUGUACAGACACAGGGCAGAACAGGCAAAAGAUGAAGGCCCUCAGGGAUUGGCAGAACUGGAGUCUCUUCUUAAAAUUAGGCUGCCCUGGAAGCAACCUAGAUGUCCAUCAGCAGAUAAAUGCAUAA